CUUUGCUGCUGCCAAAUCGGACCCACUCAGACAGAGAGGAGCCAACCCCAGCCCAGCACCUGCAGCAGCGUCUGUGGCCUGAGUGUCGCUGAGAGAGACAAUGGGGCCAGCAGCUGGGGCUGCUGAGAGCGAAGAGCCGCUGCAGGAGUUGUGUGUUAAUGGCAAUGGACACCUGGAGACUGGAGGGAACCCAGACCCUCCUUGUAACUGCAAGAAAAGUCCAACCUGUGGAGUUGUGGUUGCACUGAUGGUUGUAUCGUCUGCUUUGAUCGCUGCCAUCAUUGCUCUGGCAGUGCUGACCUCUAAGCUUUCAUCAGCUGAUCUGUGCCUCCCUGCUGGCCCCUCGUGUCUGGAUGGCUGGAUGGGAUACCGAGGGAAAUGCUACUAUUUCUCAGAGACGGAAGGGAGCUGGACCGACAGCCGGAGCCGCUGCUCUGCACCGGGUGCCUCCCUGGCUGGGAUCGACAGUGAGCAGGAAAUGGCAUUCCUGCUGCGCCAUAAGGGUGUCCGGGACCACUGGAUCGGCCUCCGGAGGGAGCAGGGUCAGCCCUGGAAAUGGACCAACGGCACCGAAUUCAACCACCCGUUUCAGAUAAGAGGAGGAGGUGACUGCACGCAUCUGAAUGAUGAGAAGGGGGUCAGCAGCUCACGGUGCUACAUGGGAAGACAGUGGAUCUGUAGGAAACCUGAGGUGUAUGUGAUGGGAAAAGAGAUUGCACUGGAAGGGGGCUCAAAAUGA